AUGCCACGAAUACGCGUCGACAGAUACGGAAUCUGGUUCCGCCUCUUCAAAGGCAAACCCCUCCGCUCGCCAUGGGCCGCCAACACCUGGUCCCCACGGCGCGGACACGGGCGGCGGCGCACCCAAGUUGAAGAAGAGCCGGGCAUAAUCCGCAAAUUCCUGGAGAACGGCGCGACGACGAUCGCCGCGCUGCUGAUGCUCGGUGUCGCGGGGUAUUCUUAUCAUGUCUUCUACAAGCGGCUGGUGCUGCGGAAGAUCGACAAUGCGUUUUCGCCGGGGUUCUCGUCGCUGGAAUUAGCCGCGCUCGCGCAGCAUGGGUAUACGCUUGAGCAGGGGGUUGACAGCGACGAUGGGAGUAAGUUCCGUGUGACGAGGCCCGAGCAGGGGUUUAUGGAUGAUGUUGUCUCGGGGAAGGUCAAGGGGCAUUAUUACUUGCUGUUUGGGGAGAAGGGGACGGGGAAGACGAGUAUGUUGCUGGAGAGUAUGCAGAAGGUUCAUGGGGAUGGGGUGGGGAUGCUGGAGGCGCAUGGGGAUAUUGAGGUUUUCCGGCUGCGGUUGGGCAAGGCGAUUGAUUAUGAGUAUCAUGAGGAUUAUAUUGGGGGGAUGUUUAGUAUUCGGGGGCCGAGGGAUUCGACGGCCCUUCUUGAUAUUGAGAGGGCGUUGAAUAAGCUUGAGAAGGUGGCGCUUGCGCGGAAGGGGAGGGAACGGCCGCUGGUCCUGAUUGUGAAUAAUUUGCAUUAUUUGCCGGAUAAUACCGAGGGGCAGCAGUUGAUGGAUCUGUUGCAGCAACGGGCGGAGAUGUGGGCUGCUAGUGGGCUGGUUACGCUGGUGUUCACGAGUGAUCAGUAUCGCACGACGGAGAUGCUGAGGCUGCAUGCAACGAGGAUGCGCGUCUUGAACAUUCAGGAUGUCACCAAGGAUCUAGCCACGCAGUCGCUCAAGGCGUUUAGGCGUAAUGCCUUCCGUGAGGAUGUCCCAUCGGAUGUUCUCGAUCAGGUGUAUAGUAUGGUCGGAGGACGUCUGAUCCAUCUUGAUCAAGUGGCGCGGUCAAAAGACAUGCUCAAGAUGUGCCAGGCCAUUUGCGAGAAAGAGAAGCGCUGGCUGCUGUGCAAAUGCUGGAUCCUGGGCGCAGAGAUGGACGACAAGGCGGAGGAUCAGCAGGACUUAUCCUCCGGCGCAAUGCUCUUGGGCAAAACCCUCGUCCAGUUAGCCAAAGAUAAAGACCGAACACACUACGUCUCCGGACUACCAGGAAUCGCCUUGCAUAAAGCGCAAGAGCUCAUGACUCGAGCGGACUUGAUCAAGAAGCUCGAUGAGAUGAAUAUCAUCGCGAUCGACGCGGAUGCUAUUGUGAGAGCCGAUUCUGUGCCGAUGCAGAACGCCUUCCAGUCUGUAUGCAGCGACCCUGAAUUCGAGGAACAUCUGGCAGCGACACUGGAGCGACUCGAUGAGCUGGAAGGCCUUGGAAGGACGACAGAGCUCCGACUUAAGGACUUUAUGGACGACGAGUACGAGAUCAAGGUGCAGAAGAGAGAUGGAGACACCUAUCUGUCCGUGCAGAAGAAACCAGAGCGGGAAGAAUAG